GUGGUGAAUGGUGUUGAUGCUUUAGUGCCACUGGUCCUUUGCCUUCCCUUCUCUCUCUCUCUCAAAGUCGCCUGAGAAUCUGAGCUCUCCUCUUUCCCUUUUCUUUUUUUUUUAUCCUGCCGGAUAUUUUGUGCUUUCCGUCAAUCUCUUCCCGGAGAGCUCCUCUCUCUCUCUCUCUCUCUCGAGCUGAGUAAUUUCCGCGAUUCGCUCGGUGGAUUGUUUUCCUCAGUUCGUGCAUUUCGUCAAAAGGGGAAAUUUCUUCCUCGCCACGACUUUGGUUUCUGGAAUUUAGGAAUCAGUAUUACUUCCUAAGCUAGAUAGAUAGAGGUGUGACUUCUUUUUUUUUUUUUUCUUAGGGUUUGAGAGAUAAUUUUGGUGGGGGGGUUGUAAUGGGGGAUAUAACUUGGGUUGAGGAGGGUAAUGCCUCUGCUUUUUGUUCGCGGAAAAGGAAGGCUAGACCUAAACGAUUAGAAUUUCUAGGAUGGGGUUCGAAACAGCUCAUUGAGUUUCUCCAAUCACUUGGUAAAGAUACUACUGAAAUGAUCUCUCGCUAUGAUGUUUGUGAUACUAUUGCUAAGUAUAUUGCCAAGGAAGGUCUUUUAGAUCCUUGUAACAAAAAGAAAGUUGUGUGCGACAAGAGGUUGGUUUUGCUUUUCGGGACUAGGACUAUUUUCAGAAUGAAAGUCUAUGAUCUGCUGGAAAAGCAUUACGCUGAGAACCAGGACGAUUCAGACUUUGAUUUUCUCUACGAUGAUGAGCCCCCGCAGUUCAUUUCUCACUCGGACAAGAUAGCUAAACGGGCAAGUAAGGCUGUUAAGAAACCUAGAGCUAGAGGUACUUUUGCUGCAAUCGUCAGUGAUAACAUCAAGCUUCUCUACUUGAGAAAGAGUUUAGUUCAGCAACUGCUCAACUCUCCUGACACCUUUGAGGGUAAAAUGUUGGGAAGUUUUGUGAGGAUCAAGUCUGACCCUAAUGAUUAUCUUCAGAAGAACCCUUAUCAGCUUGUUCAAGUGACAGGCGUGAAGAAGGAACAUGGGACUGAUGAUUUUCUUCUCCAGGUUACAAAUUAUGUGAAAGACGUUUCUAUAUCUGUGCUAUCAGAUGACAAUUUCUCCCAGGAGGAAUGUGAAGAUUUGCAUCAGAGAGUAAAGAAUGAUCUUCUUAAGAAGCCCACAAUUGUGGAGAUGGAAGAAAAGGCUAGAAGUUUACAUGAAGAUCAGACAAAACAUUGGCUUGGAAGAGAAAUUAUAUUGUUACAAAGGCUUAUUCACCGGGCCAAUGAGAAGGGAUGGCGAAGAGAGCUGUCCGAGUACCUGGAGAAGAGGGAGCUUCUGCAAAAUCCAGAAGAACAGGCCCGGCUAUUCAGUGAAGUUCCAGUAGUUAUUGAAGAGAAACUUGUACCAGACCCUGAAGAGUCCCCUGAGGAUCAUAAUAGUGACAACGAGCAACGAUUGAGUGAAUCUCCAUUAUCAUGCAUCCAAGAAACCCCAGAAGUCCGCAACCUCUUUGGUGGAGACGAUCAACAGUGUAAUGGCUAUCUGAUAUCAAACCCCAGCACAAUUAUUGGAAUCACGUCUCAUGCUGUGGAAUUAAACGAGAGAUUGCCAACUUGGAUUGCUUCUGCAGGUGAUGAAUAUCUUCAUGGAGAUGUAGAACAGCCAGCAAAUGGCAUCACUGGAGGAGAGAUGCCGAGUAAAGAGGCCGAAGUUUCUGAGCUUGAGCCAAAUAUGUCAGCAACGAAUCCCAACAACGUAUCUCAAGCUCAACCAAAUCCACCAGAGAUAAUCGAACUGAGCGAUGAUGAUGAUGAUGACAACGGUGAUGGAGAGACCCUUGACCCUAGAGUUGAAGAUGUUCAGGUUCUGUCUUAUGAUAAAGAGAAGUUCAACUGGUUAUACAAAGAUCCUCAGGGUCUUGUACAGGGACCUUUCUCUCUCAUGCAACUCAAAGCUUGGCACGACGCAGAGUACUUCACCAAAACCUUCAGGGUUUGGAUGACAGGACAAAGCAUGGAAUCGGCAGUUUUACUAACCGAUGUUCUUCGUCGAGUUUAACUAAUGGAAUACUUCGAAAGACUAUUAGAUUCAGUCAAGAGUGGUUUCAGUUAGCUGUUAUUGUCUGUCUUUUAUCUUCAAAUUGCAGUAGGUUUUUGCUCCUCCUUUUAAGUAAACAGCGAAUAAAAAAAGGAUGUAAAGCUCUCACAGUGUUAUGACCUUAGACUACCUGAGUACAAACAGUUUGUUAGAUCCAGUCACUGUUUUUGCAGCA